CAUUCUGCCAUUGUGUACGCGUCAGCUCGCCUGUUAGUCAACAUACGCUCUCGAUCUCCAUCGAAAAAAAUUGAAGAUGUCUGAUUCAUGGUCGCCCACCGCCCUCCCCGAUUCAAACGCUGUUCCACAGCUUGAAGAUUCGCGCGGCUACGAGAAAGUCCUCGAGCUCGAACGCCGGUAUUCGACGGAACUUGGCGACCUGCCAGCUCUCGCGAAAGUCGGCGUUCUCAAGACAUCCAUCAUGCACCUCCGCGUAAUCGGGUGGUGCUACGUCUACCUGCACCUAUCGUGUCGUCCGCUCCUGACACGAUGGGUUUUGUCGUGUGAGGAUGACAGUAUCAUAGUCGACCUAGGGCGUUUUCUUUGCCAACAUUAUCUCCGCGCAUUUAGGAAGAACAAGGGUCCCAUUCCCGUCGACAGCUCUCAUCCAUCUCGCUCUUCCUUUGAUCGCCGUCGCGACGCUCUUGAACAUCAAAUCAUCUCAACACCGCCCGACCACCGCACGGCGAGCAGACGCGCCCGCGAACGCGACAACGACCAAUGCGUCAUCACAAAGCGCUUCCAUUCUUCAUCACCAAUAUUCAGUACUGAAACUCCACUGGCAACCAAGCAAGCUAUCUUACAGGCGGCAACGGCGUUUCAGAGCGGCCGGAGGCUCGAAGACCUUGGAGACCCUAGGAACGACUUACCCGGGAGUGUGCUGGAAUGCGCACACAUCCUAAGCGAAUCGACAAACAUGAACAUUGACACCAAUGACUACAAGAAGGCAUGGGCGGCAUCCGUGUGGGGCAUAUUGGAAUGCUUUGGUCAUGGCAAGCUACGGGAGGAAUUACAAGGUUCGAGCAUGCACAGGUUGGAGAACGUCAUGUCCAUGUGUCAUGACUGGCACGUGUACUUUGACGAGCUCGAUAUGUGGCUGGAACAUGUCGAAGAUCAUCGGUACCGCGUGUGUAUAACAAAGGGAACGGGGUUUCUGCGCGACGUAUAUUCUCCGGACGGCAUAAUCGAAUUUACCACGCCGAACGAGAAGAUAUAUCCACUGCCGUCUCGCAAGUAUAUCGGGCUACAUGCUGCGGCUUGUAAGGUUGCUCAUAUGUCUGGUGCCGCCAAUCACUUUCAGAAGAUAGACCGGGCACUGGAAGAGGAUGGGGUACUGGCGGAGGACGGUCAUCAGAUGUAUGUGUUGGAGGAUCGCUUGCGACAAGUGGCUGUAAAGUAGACACAUCUUAUCCGCAGCGUGCAGCGUGUUAUCUGUACCUUGUGAUCGUGGUUCAAUCAUCUUGACAAGCUGGGCAGCACAGAAUCUCAUAAUCCAUCGUGCCAGGAAAGAGUCAUGCCAAUAAACUCCUAUUCC